AAAUUUCCAUAACAUACAUAGUGUAUUAUACAAUACAUCGGAAGACAUCACUGGAAUGAUUGGUGCUGGAUUGCCAAUCCUUUUAUCUAAAUUAGUAAGAGUGUGUGAAGAAGGACACCAAAAAUAUGCAAGAAUAAUUAACAAGAAGAUAGGAUGGCGGCAACUUCCUAUAUUUACAGCCAAAAAAUCCCAACAAUUACAACUCAAAAUUCCGUACCUGCAAUUACCUCCAAUAUUCCUUGUUUUAUAAGUUGCCCAAAACAUAGCAGGAAAUUGGUUUUAAUAGUUAGAAACUCCAGUAGCGAAGCAGCUGCAGCAUCUAUAGGCGCAGAUGAAACAUCACCUGUUGAACUUCCACCAGGACCCCCCUCUAUUAUCUCUGCUCUUAAUGUUGAAAAAGCUAUUCUUGGCAUAGCAAUAACAGAUAUAGAUCACUAUGGAAGACUAGGACUUUCAAGAAAAUGUUCAUAUGCAGAGGUACCAGUAGCGUACAAGAAGAAGGUUGAAGAAGUUAUGAAUGAGGGAUUGGUAGAAGAAGAGCUUAACAAGAAACUUGAGCACCUAAAAGAAUCAUAUUCAAUUUUGUCAACACCAGACGAGAGAAGGCUGUAUGAUUGGAGUUUGGUAAGGAGUGAGACACAGGGUACUUACAAGUGGCCAUUUGAGGUUGAUAAAACUCCAGAGUCUCCAGGAACUCCUCCUCCUCAGGAACCAGAGGAUGAGGAACCAACGAUGUUGGUGGGAUAUUUCUUCUUAGGUUGGUUUGUACUAGCCGUCGUGUUAUCAAUUGCUUUUAACCUCUAGUAUAAGAGAAUUAAGUUUAUCCUAUACUAUGCAGAUUAUAUUCAUCUACAUGUAAUAUACUAGAUACGGAACGUCAUUACUGGAUAUUUGUUAUUUUUUAAUUUUUAUUUAUGUAAUACAGCUGAAAUUUAAACGAUCAAUAAAUUUUUUUUUUGUAUGAUUUUAAA